AUGGUCACAUCACGGUGAGUUUUGCGAUCAGUUUUUUAUAGAAACAUUUUCCUAACUUUGCUCAAAAAUGUCGCAUUUUUUCGGAGACUGUCUGUCAAAAAUCUAAUCCUCAAGAUUAAAAAAGGUAGCUCAAAGUAAGAUCAUCAUUUUCAUUGGUAUUUGGAAAAACAGUCAAAAACGUUGUACAGUCCUAAAGAGGACAUUAAAAAAGCCUGGGUCUUAAAGAACUUUUUUUUUGAAGAGCAGAAACUUCGAAGUUAUUUCAUUUUUUUUUGAUCAUUUUUAAUAUAAAAAACCUGAAUAUAGAUGAUUACUGAUUACAUUUUUGAUUCAGAUAUAUAAUCACUGUGGUGACAGUUGUGUUGGGCGGAAGCGCUCAAUUUUACAGCUACGGGGUGGUGAAUCCAGCCCAAGUGGUCAUCACCGACUGGAUAAACUCUACUUAUGCCACAAGGUAACAAUAUCUUCCAUUAAAAAUAAAUAACAAUAUUUAGAUAUUCAACUCCUCUCACACUAACCGCUUCUAACUUUAUCUGGUCUUUCGUAGUUUCUAGCAUAGCUAUUGGUGCAAUCAUCGGUGCUUCCCUCACUCGGUGAGUGGCUUCGUUUCUACUGUUUCUAAAUUUGUUCUGAACCCAGGGUUAUUGGAGAACGGUUUGGAAGAAGGAACGGGCUGAUUAUCAACGGAAUCGCCAAUGUUUUCGGCGCACUUUUCGAGCUUUUUGCCAAACCGCUACAGUUUUUCAUCUACCGGCUUCUUUUAAGAAGAAAACAUUUUCAGCUCUCCGGAAAUGUUAAUAGCGGGUAGAUUCAUUUUCGGUAUAAAUAUGGGUCUGACAAGCGGUCUUGUGCCCAUGUACCUGAUGGAAAUCACUCCAAUGCGGUAUCGUGGACCAGCUGGAACACUUCAUCAGGUGCGUCAUCUGAAGAAAAACUAUCUUCGAUUCUCAUACAAACCUUCAAAAAGUGUCAAGACCAAUCUCAAUAUUCAGAUAAAAUCAUUCCUAAUUCAAAAAGUUAACUUUUGAAAACCAAAAGUAGUUAUUCAGGUAGCCGUGGCUUUUUCCGACUGGUUUUCUUUGUUGAUUGGGCUGCCUGAAGUCCUUGGAGGAGAAAAGCUCUGGCCAUACGCUUUCGCGUUUCCAGGCGUUCCUGCCCUGGCUUUGGUCUGCAUUUUGCCAUUCUGUCCCGAAUCUCCAAAAUAUACUCUUGGAAAAAUCGGCAAUCGAGAAAAAGUAGUUUUUAGUUCUUAACCCUCAUUUAUUCCUAUUUUUGUAGGCUUUGAGAGAUAUAAAACUGCUUUCGGGCGAGAGCUCUGCGAAUCAAAUGUUUGAAUCGAUUAUUCGCGAGAUAGCCUUGGACCGGGUUAGUUAAAAAAGAAACAAGGCAUUUUAUUUGACAUUUUGCAGUCUGGAAGCGGGACUUUCCAUGAGCUCUUCACUAGAAAAGACCUCCGUGUUCCUCUCGUCGUCUCCAUUCUGGUCAUGAUCGCUCAACAGUUCACCGGUUGCACAGCCGUCUUUGCUUAUUCGACGGACAUGUUUUUGAACGCCAAACUCGAUCCGUAAGUAGAAGAAACACUUUUUUUAAAAUCUUUUUUGCUCUAGAUCGCUGGCCCGUUACAGCACUCUGGCAAUUGGCAUCGUUUAUUUUCUGUUUGCUUGCACUUCUCCUUAUUUGAUUGAAAAGGCUCGAUUCAUAGGGAAAAUAACUUGAACUGAAAAAUUCUAGGUCGGCCGCCGUCCUUUAUCGCUAUUCCAACUGACAAGUUGUCUGUUCGCGCUGAUUCUUUUAUCGUUGUUCACAUAUCUUCAAAACUACUUGAUGGUAAAAAUUUCGAUCGAGUAUCGUACAUACGUUUUUGGAUUUUUCAGAUGGAAUGGGCAAGCUAUGGUACUAUUUUUGCUUUGAUCUUGUACAUGUGCGUUUAUGGAGUAGGAUCUCCGAUUCCAUGGAUUAUCGCCAGUGAAUUAUUCACUCAGCAGGUACUUUUCAAAAAUUUAAAAAAAAACAAGCAUAUUUGAAAUCUCAUUUGUCUCACAAUGUAGAUGAUUUUGAUUUAUUGUGGGGAUUCCCUGUGAAUUGGUCAAAAUGACUUUGAUUCACCAAAGCAUGUCUCAAUCUCCACAUUCUUUGAUUUAGUAUUUAUCUUAAGAUCAGAUAAAAAGGGAAAAAUCAAAAACAAAAUCAAUACUCACACUUAUAACUUUGAAUUAUUUGUGAAUUGAAACAGAAAAGGUCUGGAAGAAUCAAGAAAAAAACGAAAAAACUUAAUUCUUCUCAUUUUAUUUAAAUCCCCAAUAUUGAUUUGCAGUUUCGAGCCACCGCGGUCACCGUAUCGGUUUUUGUCGCCUGGACUUUUGCUUUUUUGAUCAGUACCAGUUACUUACCUUUCCAGCAGGUUUGAGUCACCUUUGUCCUUUCCCUAUUUCCGUCUGGUUCAGCUCGUUGGUGUGUCGUUCAGCUACUUGCCCUUUAUUGUUGUGAUUUCCAUCAGCAUUGUCUUCAUGUAUAUAUUGUUACCAGGUUUGUUUUCGUCUUCAAGUGAAAAAAGGUUAGAUGUCAGGAGGAAUCAAAAUUUUGUAAAAAUAAAUGUUUUUGAUUUUUUGUUUUUUUUGAAACAAUAUGAGGUCUUUCUGACUUCAAUACAAAAAAUGAAAAAGAAGCUUUUGCAAAUUUUCAGAACAUUUAAAAAAUACCAUCAUUGAGAGAGAUGUACUCAAAAAAGCUCUUGCAUAUUUUUUUUACUGUAAGCUUUCAGAGUGAGUUUCUGAGUUGAGACUGAGGUUCAAAUUUUUGAAAUCACCUUCACUGAAGUAAAAAAAACCUCAAAUAAUAUUUUACAGAAACCCGCGACCGACCGAUCCCUGAAAUAGUGUCGGAGGUACGCAAGGACUGUAUAACAAGCAUAUCGGAGAAAUGUGCGCAGGUGCAUCAUCGAACGGCGUCCCUGUCUGCCGGAAGGCCGUGGGAGGCGAGUAGGCCGGCGAGCCGUCAGGAGAUGCAGCGACUCCUCGACUCCAUCGACCGUCGUGUCUACAACUCCAGCGAGAGCGUUUUUGAAGAGCCCUGA